AAACUGCAGGUGCAAUACAGCAGAAAACAUCCACACAUUGAAGAAGCUCUUCUGACUGAGCGACCUGCGUUACUCAUACCAAGAAGUCAGCAUUAGCAACUUGAAGAACGGCACGGAAGACUAUAGACAAUUUCUGGUGUGUGUCAACUAUAGGUAUUUCACUUUUAUCUCGAUACCAGCGAGAGAAGCUGAAGGAAUUUGUUGACUGCCUUGGUAGUCAUAAAUAAUUUCAUCGAUAACUGCUGAAGUUAAUAUUGAAACAUCAGCAUGUUUCCUUCAAGGGGACGCGGUCCAUCCUUUGGCCCCUUCGGUUUCAAUGGUCAUCGUGGUGGUUUUGGCCAUCACAGGGGAGGACAUCACUGGCCAUUUGGGCCACAUCAUGGCUCAAUGAGGCCACAUCACCACCACCAUUUUGGCCCACAACAUCGUAUGUGUCCCCUGCGUGAUGGUGGUCACAUGCAUAACCAUAGACAUCAUGACAGGGAUCUGUCAGAUAUUAUCGCUGCAACAUAUCAUUUGACUCGUCACAUGUGCCCCGCUGCUCAUUCCUUCGAGGAUGAAUUUGAUGAAUUUAUCCCACGACAUGCCGAUAAACACCAUCAUUCUGUCCCUACAUCUGCUGAAGAUGACGCUGAGACCUCUGAACAUCACAUGGACGAGGAUCAACACCAGGAACAGCGAGAACAGCAGCAGCAUACUUGCAAUGCAACUAGUGGUGAGCUUUGGGCGUCAAUUGGUGAUGAUGUAUGGACGGCCAAGGUACAACUGGGACCCUUCACAGCAGCUGAGGUGGAAGUGAUCAGCGAUGGGAAGACUGGAGUUGAAGUACGGGCUGCCCACCGUCAUGGAGACAUGUUAGUUGCCUCUAUGAUGCGCCGUUUGCCACCACCAUGUGAUGCUCCCUACACCGUGUCCCAUGCCCAUACUCCCACCAGCAUACUCGUCACUGCUCGUAAGGUGCCAUCUUCCUCCCACGCUAACAGUCGCAAAGAUGUAUCACAGCCUCAAAGCGAGGAGCCUGUUGAAAUCUAGAUCUGGGCGGCGCCACUCAUUCUGAGUAAAUAUGUAAAUUAUACUAUCAUAAUGACGGUAUCAUUACCUUUAUAAAUUACCAUUAUCUAACUGCAGCAAAUCCUGUAUAUUCUUGUUAAAGCUACGAGCUUCAGUUGCAUUAUGAUUAUAUAUAUUUGUGGUAUUAAUUUUAUAUUCCUAUAUCCAGCUACAUUCUAAGAUCUAAUGCCAGAAUGUCUUAACUUCAUUAUUUUCACAGUAAAAUAGACAUUAAACAAUAUUAAAUUUGGUUUGCAUUAAUAUAUUACUAUAUAGCCAGAUAUAAUCUCAUACAGAUAAAUUUUUAUUUUAGGAUGGUUAACACUGACAUAAUAAAGAAAAAAAUGCACCA